GCAGGUGACGUCACGCGGUCGGGAGCCAACCAGAAGGCAGAGAGCUCCAAACCGCUUGGGUUUAAAUUUGGUGGCUUCCGGAAGGCCAGAGAACUCCAGGGGUGCCGACGCCUUAAAGACGCGGCGCGGGUUGGGAGUAAACAAAGGCUCUCUUCGGGGUCCCGAAGAAGCUGAAUUUAUCUCACACAGGAAGUAUUCCUGGCAACACUUUUUUCAUAAUGACCACUACUGUUCAAGAAGACGUCUGCAGUCAUGUGAAGGUAGUGGUCCGUGUUCGACCAGAGAGUCAAAAAGAGAGAGAUGGCAACUUCACAAAAGUGAUCCAGGUUGUUGAUAAGCAUAUGUUGGUCUUUGAUCCAAAAGUGGAGGAAGUCAGUUUUUUUCAUGGAAAGAAACGUCUAUACCGCGAUUUGAACAAAAAGCAAAAUAAGGAUAUGAAAUUUAUGUUUGAUGCUGUCUUUGGUGAAGAUGCAUCACAGCUAGAGGUCUUUGAAGAAACAACCAAAACAGUACUGGAUGGCUUUUUAAAUGGCUAUAAUUGCACAGUCCUUGCAUAUGGUGCAACAGGGGCUGGAAAAACUCACACCAUGCUGGGCUCUCCUAAGGAUCCUGGGGUAAUGUACCAGACCAUGGUGGAACUUUAUGCUUCAAUUGAACGAAUGAAAGAGGAAAAGCAUUGUGCCAUUGCAGUUUCAUACCUUGAGGUCUACAAUGAGCAGAUACAUGACCUACUAGUAAAUUCAGGAGCACUGGCUGUUCGGGAAGAUCCUCAGAAAGGUGUACAGGUUCAUGGACUAACUUUGCAUCAGCCCAAAUCUGCAGAGGAGAUCUUGCAAAUGUUGGAUUAUGGAAACAAAAACAGAACACAGCAUCCCACUGAUGUGAAUGCCUCCUCAUCUCGGUCCCAUGCUGUCUUUCAGAUUUAUCUGAGGCAGCAGGAUAAGGCCGCAAGUAUUAAUCAAAAUGUCCGUAUUGCCAAAAUGUGCCUCAUUGACCUGGCGGGGUCUGAACGUGCCAGUGCCUCAAAGGCCAAAGGAGCUCGCUUCAGAGAAGGGGCAAAUAUUAAUCGCUCACUGCUUGCUCUUGGCAAUGUCAUUAAUGCACUGGCAGAUCCAAAGAGUAAAAGACAACAUAUUCCUUAUCGGAACAGCAAGCUUACUCGUCUAUUGAAGGAUUCUCUUGGUGGAAACUGUCGUACUAUAAUUAUAGCUGCCGUUAGUCCUUCUUCUCUCUUCUAUGAUGACACAUAUAACACUCUUAAGUAUGCCAGCCGAGCCAAGGAAAUCAAAUCCUCUCUGAAGAGCAAUGUUGUCAGUUUGGACAGCCAUAUAAGUCAAUAUGUGAAGAUCUGUGAGGAACUAAAGAAGGAGAAUGAAAUGCUGAAAGAAAAGCUGAGAGAAUAUGAGCUGAAUAAAGCGUUUGCUCCCAAUCACCAUGAAACAGAUAGUUUUACAAAGCAACAACAGGCAGAGAUAUCAAGAUAUAGAGAAGUUUUGAAGUGUGUAUUUACAAAUCGAGAGGAAAUCAGGGAUGAGCUCCUCAAACUGGAAAUGCAACUUAAAGAAAAUGGGCUGAAAACCAAUUAUCGACAACAUUGCUACAAACAAAUUGAAAUUCUAAGCUCUCCAGAGAAAUUGGAAAAGGCAACAGGGAAACAUGAUCACAGGAUUACGUUGCUCAAAACCCGUCGCUUACAUAUGGAGAAGAAAAAAGAGGUGGCGAUUAAAUGCUUCGAGGACAACAUGUGUUGGUUGCACAGAGUGGAAAAUGAAAUGCGCCUCUUGGAUCACGAUGGCCAUAUUCCUCAAGAGCUUUCGAAAGAUCUGCAUUGCCACCAUUUGAAGUUAGAAGUUAAAGACCUGAAAACUCAGAUUGACUACGUGAGGACUCUAGCAUCCAUACAAGAACAGCAAUAUAAACAGACAGAAAAAAUACUAAGUACUGCACUGCCAGUUCUAAGAAAGCAGUAUGUUGCUUUGAAAAAUGCCGGAUUAGCAAAUGGUGUCAUUGAGGAUGACUUCAGGGAAUGUGAACAGCUAAUUCACAGAGAGAAAGCUGUAGUUUGGGCUGACCAGAUGGCUGAGGAAGAACUAAAACAAAAUGACCAGCCAAUGAUGUCUGCUUUCAUGACAUUUCCGGAAAUUGUGAGCUAUCGAAAUACUCCUUGCCGUACACCAUUGGCUACUUCAUCAGACAAAAUCAAGUCACAUAUGCAACAUGAGGUGGAAAAUGUAGUGCCUCCUCACAAAAGAAUAAGGCGGAAACUGAUAGAGUCUCCCCUGGUAGUGCCAAGUCUGAAUCGUUGCAGUCAAUUGAGCCCUAAUCACUUGGGGGAUUCUGUCAGCAAAGCAUUCCAGCCCAUUGUGCACACGCCAGAGGCCUGCAAGAAGCCCAUGAAGAGUUUGUGUUUGGAAACUGUGGUAAAGUCUGACCGACUUUCAACAAGCCCUCAAGGGGCAAACAGCUGUAGUGCACAAGUACAAGAACGACUAAAGCAAGACAGUCUUGGGGAUACUGAGCAUCACGCGAGUUGCGAGACCCACUUGAAUACAACCAUUACUCUUCAAGAAAAUGAUCCGGAUGGUACAGAUCACCCUUCAGGCGUAUCCAAUAACAACUCACAGCCAAGUAAUGGAAGCAGUGUUUUGCAAAGACUUCACCUGCCUUCAUUGUUAAAUAGACAGCCAGGUCCCAUACAUGAGAAGCCAUCUUAUAUGGCAAUGACAUCUGCUGCGGAGAGAAAAAGAAAAUUAUUAAGUUCUACAUUAGGCACUGAGUUAAAAACCCAGCAAGGUCCAAUGGCUGCCAAACGUAUUAAACAAGUUGUUGUGUUAAGUAACAAACCGCUAAGAGUACCCAUAGGUACAGGAAUUAGAACAAGAACCUGGAAGCAACACAAUGCAUUGAGAAGGCCUGUCAAAAGUCAUUUCAAAGAAAAUGUAACAGGAGACGUAAAGUCAGGAAGAUCAAAAUCAGCUUUUUGAAGAGCUCAUUUCUGCAGAAAUUAAACCUUUCUUUGUACAGAUUUUAAUUUAUUAACAAGCGUGAAAAGGUGAACUUUCCACCUUUCUUUUUGCCCCCUUCCCCUUUAUCUAGGAUGGUGCUUCAUGGCAUAAUAUAUUGCACUAGAAUGCAUCUUCACUAAGUAUGUAAAAUAAAACUAUCCAUUUUAAUGUACAAAUAGAAUUUUUUAAAGCUCAUGACUGGACUAUGGCUUAUUGUUCACUACCUAUUCAUAUAUAUGGAAACAUUGCUAAACUUAACAAAUAUUUCAUUAACCUCUUUUCCUUUCCAUGUGUUACAGCAAAAUACCUUACAAGAUGGAUUGGAUCAAAGAAUGGCAUGCAUUUGUUAGACUAGAAUAGCUCUAUUGAAUCUGUAGAAAUUAUACAUUUACUUGCAAACUUCCCGCUAAUUCAAUUUGGGAUUAAGGGUUGGAUUUUGUUUCCAAAGACUUGUGGAUUCCAUUCUAGAAGUGGGCAGGCAUCCUUGCAUUUUGCCUUUUAGCAUGUGUGCAAGUUUUUAUAUCUGUUUUCUGAAUGCUUGCUGAACUGUUAUUGCUGGGGUUAGGAAAGAGUCAGGAAUGUUCUGCCCAGGUCUUCUUCCUUUUCUACAGAUCUGUAGGCCGCCCUUGGAGGAGAUAGGACAUACCCAUGUUCUACCAAGUUUUACUAAAAUUUCUUUUCAUUCUUCAUUUCUUUUUCUAUUUUUUUAAAAAACCUAAUCUGUUUCUCUUCAUUUGGGGUCUCAAACCAUAUGCCAUAUCUUUUUUAUUCAUUUUUGUUUUUCUUUUCUGCCGCACACAGCACAUGAAAGAUAAGCAACCUGAUGGAAAAUAUUCCCAUCUACUAUUAUUCUUUCUACAACCUCGUCUGUCUCUCUUUGUAUGAUAUAUGUUAAUGUUCUUAAUUGUGAAUAAAGUCUUACUAAAUUUUA